AUGUGGCCAUCCCACGACCCCAUCUCGGCCUAUGGCUUCACUCCUGUUUUAUCGUCAGCAACUGCUCUUCUUGCAGAUCCUCCAGCAACACCUGCCCCAUUCAUUGCAGUGACUGAAGUUCCCACUCCCGCAACGUCCCUCGCCCAGCGGAUCGAUGAGUAUGCCAAGUCUCAUCUUCCUGAGCCAACAUACAAUCAUUCCCUUCGGGUUUACCACUUUGGACUUGCAAUCAAGCGGUACAGGUUCCCCGAAUGGGCCUUUACCGAUGAAACCUACUUCCUUGCCUGCCUGCUUCACGAUAUCGGAACAACCCAAAGUAACUUGGAGGCCACCAGAAUGAGCUUCGAGUUCUUUGGAGGCUUGAAAGCACUGGAAGUUCUACAGAACCUACAACCUUCCUUUGUAGGCGGGGGCGUCGCAGUCGCCCCGAAAGAUCAGGCCGAGAGCGUGGCUGAAGCAGUCAACCGGCAUCUAGACUUGUGUGAAAAGGGCAAAAUCACGGCUCUCGGUCAAUUGCUUCAGCUGGCAACAAUCUUCGACAAUACUGGUUCAUAUGCGGAUCUCAUUCAUCCCUCGACUAUCCAGGAGGGUUGCAACCAUUUCCCUCGCCUGAAAUGGAGUGGGUGCUUCGCUAGUACUAUUCAUGAAGAGAACCGGCUCAAGCCUUGGGCACAUACAACGACACUCGGCGAGGAAGAAUUCCCCAACACAAACAACAAAGUGGUUGCAUUGACGAUUGACGACGCGCCCUCCGUACACACACCUGCAAUUCUUCGUCUAUUGCAAUCGCACAAUGCAGCUGCCACUUUCUUCUUGAUAGGAUCCCAGAUCCCAGGACACGAAUCUGUCUUGGCUGAUCUCGUCCGAGCUGGCAACGAACUGGCCAACCAUGCCAUGUAUGAUGAACCAUCGCGUGCACUCAGUGACGACGUCUUGGCAGAUCAGAUCCGAUCAGUCCAUGCCAGAAUCCGGGAAGCAUAUGUCGCAGGAAAUACACCACAGCCCGAGAAUUGGCUCUUUCGCCCUGGCUCGGGAUUUUUCAGCUCCCGGAUGAGAUCCCUUGUAAAGGAGCUGGGCUAUCGGCUGGUGCUCGGCGAUGUGUAUCCGCAUGACCCGCAGGUGCCAUUUUGGAAACUGAACGCGAGUCAUAUUUUGAGUAUGGUCAAGCCAGGGAGUAUCAUCGUGUGCCAUGAUCGGAGAGAGUGGAUGGUGCCCAUGUUACAGAAGGUGUUGCCGGAGCUGAAUCGCAGAGGGUACCGCGUUGUCACAGUCUCCGGGUUAUUGAAAGAGACCAGUUCAAGUCGAUGUUCAAAUUGA